AUGGCCCUGCUAUGUGGAGCUGCUCGCUUAUUUGGAUCAACAAUUUCUUCAAAGGCCCUACUUAGUGUAUCUGGGAUUACCCCUCAAGAAGUUGUUGAGGCAUUUUAUGCUGCAUGCAAAAGCGGCAACUUUGAUUUGGCAAACAAGGACGUCAAUAAUGGAAUUGCAGAAGGGUUUCCGGUUUCUCAGAUGCUUUCUCAGUUAUUUGAUGUGGUUGUUGAGGCAGAUGAUAUACCAGAUGAACAAAAAGCUAAAAUUUGCAAGAGUUUGGCUGAGGCAGAUAAGCGUCUAGGGGAUGGUGCAGAUGAGUACUUGCAGCUGCUGGAUGUGGCCAGCAACACAAUGCGAGCUUUGUGUAACAUGCGACAAGAAUUCUGUUUUGAAAGUUAG